GACCGCAACCCAGUUCUUAUUAUACAUCCAUGCUCAAGAUGGCGCAGAAAGAUCAACUUCCGGUGAUACUGAGGACCGAGAAGCGAGGAAAAGAAAAAUAAGUAGCCUAACUUGAGAUCCACCCUACAGACGCAAGGAAAAUACACAAGUGAUGGACGCAGGGAUGCAAGUUAAGCGACUUGGCAUGCAGCUAAUGUAUGCAAAUGAUUCAUCCUGUUCUUCUGAUUGGCUAAACGCACGAACGUUUCUCGUCUCGGAUUGGCUGCUGUUGUAUCGGACACCUCCCCAGGCCACGUCGCACAUUGCUCGCCAUUUUCCCAUCUUCUGAAGCCAGAAUCUGUUUAUUCUGCUGUCACGGUGUCAUUCAACGCUGUCAGCUCCUAAAUUAAUCGUGACCGGAGACUAACUGAACUAUUUAAAGAGUUUUCAAUCGGUUUUCCUCUGCUGGAGCUGCCAUAAACAUGAACGUUUUCAGGCUAACCGGCGAUCUCUCCCACCUAGCAGCCAUCAUCAUCCUGCUGCUAAAAAUAUGGAAAACCAGGUCUUGUGCCGGUAUUUCUGGGAAGAGUCAGGUUCUGUUUGCCCUGGUGUUCACCAGCCGCUACCUGGACCUCCUCACCUCCUUCAUCUCUCUCUACAACACCACCAUGAAGGUCAUCUACAUUGGCUGUGCGUACGCCACUGUGUACCUGAUUUACAUGAAGUUCAAGGCGACCUAUGAUGGGAACCAUGACACAUUCAGAGUGGAGUUCCUGGUAGUCCCUGUUGGUGGCCUGGCUUUCCUAGUGAAUCAUGACUUCUCUCCUCUAGAGAUUCUCUGGACAUUCUCCAUCUACCUGGAGUCGGUGGCCAUCCUGCCUCAGCUUUUCAUGAUCAGCAAGACGGGGGAGGCAGAGACCAUCACCACCCACUACCUGUUCUUCCUGGGCCUGUACAGAGCGCUGUACCUCAUAAACUGGAUAUGGAGGUUCUACUUUGAGGGUUUUUUCGACAUGAUCGCCAUUGUUGCCGGGGUGGUGCAAACCAUCCUCUACUGCGACUUCUUCUAUCUUUAUGUAACAAAAGUGCUGAAAGGGAAGAAGCUGAGUCUGCCAGCUUAGGUGCCAAAGAGGAGUGUUUAGGCAGACGGACAGAGGGGAGGAUAUGAGGGGAGGACGGGUGGUAGUGGACCACCCCCCACCCCACCCCACCCCACCCCCACCCCACCCCCACCACCACCGCUUCCUCCUCUUCCCCUCCUGCCAGUGUAAGAUGCCUGAGACAGAGAGCGGAUGGGCUGCUGGCUGCACCUUCUCCCUCUCCAGAGUCAGUGGAUCAGAACUCCUGCAGAGGCUGGUCCAUGGCCUUCGGAUUUCUGUUUGACGCACCUUGCCUUAACUUUUUUUAUUACUCUGUAUAAAGAACGAAAAAAAACUUGAGAAGUUUUCUACAGAAAAAUGUGUUCUUUGAAGAUUUGACACAUUACUGAAGAUGUAUAAUUGCCUAUAAUUUGGCAUUGUAUGAUAUUGAAGCAGACUUUUUGUGGUGGGAUAUUACUGACUCAAGCGUUUGUCAUAGUAUUUGCAAUCAAAAUAAAUGUGCAUUGUUUUUCCUGAAUCAGUUUGAGGAGGAUUUGUAGAAUCCUCAUAACUUUGCUGGUCAAAUGACUCAUGUUUAGCUCUUCUGUUUUUGGUCACUAUGCAUUCCCAUGUAUAAAGAAUAUCCGUUUUAGUGUCCCUUGGUAGAAAAUACAUUUACACGCAGAUACCAUCAUUUAACAUUUUCCUUUCCAAAAGAAGGAUCUUUUGGCAGGGCCCUAAAAAUGGACUGAUAUACGUGGUUUCUGUGUAAAACAAAGUAAAGGGUUGAAAAGACACCAAUGAACUUCUAUCACUGUAAAUGUCUUUCUUCAUUAAAAAGGUCCUUUUACUACCCAGCAGGCGCAGUAUGUAUCACCUGUAAGUAUACCACAUGGGCUCCUUUAAGUGAGUUCACUGGUUAUGUGCUGAAUGUGAACUCACAACUGGAUUGAAAGUCUUUAAUUGUCCUCUCGGGAGCAGAUAUAUUUAUGAUUUCUUUCUUGGUUUAAUAUGAACAGUCUGUAGCUGUGCUUCAUUUGAACAGAGCACACCAUCACUGUUACACUGAAUCUGAAAAGGUUCUCAAGAUUUAUCUGCUUCUAUUUGAUUUGAUAUGCAUCAUUCCAAGUUUGCUUUUCAUUUCUAACCAGAGCUUCUGCAUGAUCUUGCCACCACAAAUAAAGAAUUGAUGGGAAACAUU